AUGAAUCAGAUGGCACGCCAUUCAGUAUGUCAUCAGCCUCGAAGGCCCCUGAAGGACAAUAACCCACAGAGAAGACUGCUGUGCCAGAGGGCUUCCCCACCAGAUGGAGAGUACAGCAAGGUGAAAUGCAAGAACUGUGGAGCCUUUGGGCACUUGGCCAAAAGCAAGAGGUGCCCCAUGAAGUCCUGGGGUGUGGCCGUUCCCUUACUGGCCUUGGGUCGCAAUCAGGAGAAGGAGAACCUGAAACCCAAGAAACCUGACGAACUUCAGCCUGCAGAAUCCUUGAGGAAGACUGAGAGACAAGAGGCAGGAACUCACAGAUGCAAUCUUCAUCCUACUAGACCGUUGCCUGUGCAAACAUCCAAGAGGAAGUCGCCCCUCGGCUCUGCACUGCCAUGUCCACUGCCUAGUGAGACACCUUAUAGAUCACGCUGCACUACUGAGGCUCCAAACAAAACACCUCAGCUGAGCACUGACAGCCCAGCCCAAGGAUCUGGGGUCAACUUUGCUGACUCCCCUCACCAUGUUCUAAAGAAAUUCACCCCAGGCCCAGCUGGCAGUGCCAAGCCAACAGCCAAAGGGCCUGAUGUUUCCUCUCGUGACACUCUUCAACCUGCCAGGAAGACACCUACCCUGGGUCACAGGUCUAAUCCACAGGCGCAGAUCAAAGUUGCGGAGGUGGAUUCAAAGUUGCCUCCACAGCCAGUCACAAAAAAUUGUGUCCAGAACUCCAAACUCAGCACCCAGGCUCCAGGCAAGAGGUCUGUCCAGGACACCAUGCAGACCAGCCAGAACUGCCCCAAGAAGCCAAGACUCCUGGUUUCCCAACCUCUCUCCAGUACAAGUGGACCUGCACACUCUCGGGCACCCCAAGGGUCCACAAAGAUGCCAGUCCUGAAGCCAAUUUCUGACCCUCAGCCUCCAUCUAACUCACAUUGCUCAAGCUCAGGCCAGAACUGCCCAAUCUUCCAACCUCGAGUGUCCAGUCAUGUUCCAGACAUGACACAGAGAAUCGGCCCCAAGAAACAGGACAGUGCCAGGUCCAGAACCCCUCCCGCAUCCAAUCCAGGGAAGUCUACAGCUGCUUGUCAGAACACUCACGUCUUAAAGGAGUCUGAGAGGCAGGGUCCCCAGGUCACAAGGAGUGUCCUCUGUGAAGAUCUUCUGGUCUCUUCCUCCUCUGAUGACAGUGACUGA